AUGCCUAUUGGAGAAUCUCAUAGACCCUUCGAUGGUAUAGGUGCCCGCAAAUUGUCUGUGGAUUCAGCGUCAUCGGGUGGAGAUGACGAACUUGCUAAGGAACCUCGAGCUUCCGGUGCUGGAAUACACAUAGGACCAAAAUCCAGGGAUUCAGCUAAGCCCCGGGGAUUCUGGGCUAGGAGAUGGAAGCACUUCAAACGGUACUGGCUCUGCUAUGGACUACUUGGAGUUAUCUUUCUAGCAAUAUUUCUGCCCGUCUUCUUUCUUGUCAUUCUUCCGGCUAUCGCACAGAGACUGGUGGACAAUGCCAGCAUCCCAAUUCAUUCAGCAGAGGUCAUUAGACCAACCCCGGAUACUAUCACAUUUUCUCUUGCUGCGACUCUCGACGUUCCACUUGGGCUGAGUGUGGAGAUAGAUCAAUUCAAUUUGAGCUUGUUUAAUCGCGAUGUCAAGCCAAUGCAGCCAUAUGUGAUAGUCCCGCUAGGGCCAAUUCGUCUCAAAGGGAACUCAGCUGUGGAUGUUUCUCAGCAAACAACGAGAAUCCUAGAUGAGGAUCAGUUUACGAAAUUUCUAUCAGAAGCCGUUUACUCCAAGGAAUUUACUCUAUCAGCCUACGGGAGGACGACUGCCCACUUGGGGAAACUGAAAAUACCGUUGAAACUGGAUAAAGAUAUUAAACUGAAUGGUCUUGAUAAGCUGAGUGGUUUUGCCAUCAAUUCAGCCAGACUGGCUCUUCCAGCCGAGGACGAUGGGACUAAUCUACUCGGAAGCGCAACAAUACCAAAUUACUCCGUGGUCACAUUUGCUUUGGGGAAUGUCACCCUCGAUCUGAAGGUUGGCGACCUCGUAUUGGGAACUGGAACGAUCAACAAUGUAUUCUUGAAGCCUGGAAACAACACAGUUCCAUUACUUGGAGCAUUGGACAUCAGCAAUGCCAUUAGCCAUCUUGGAGAGCUUCUCGAAGCAGAAUCAAGCUCUCUCAGUGAAGGGCAGUUAUUGCUCUCAGCGUCCGGAAAGUCGACAAUUUAUGACGGACUACACAUACCCUAUUUUCAGCAGGUAUUAAAUCACCUAACUGUGACCGCAAAUGUGCCAAUUCUCAAGGUGCUAUUUGGCAGCAUCGGUCAGCUGGUAUCAUCAAAUCCUGGGGUAAUGCAGAAUGUAACGAGUGCACUUGACGGCCUCGAUUUAUCGAGUGGUCCCAAUAUGUACUCUACAAAGGGUCACAUGAGAACGACUUGA